AUGAGAAGCUGCCCUCGCCCCCUACCAAGUAACUCUCUCUCUCUCCGUACAGAGAAAGAGAAAGACCCCAAGUACUGGCGAGACCAAGCUCAGCAGACCCUGAAAAAUGCCCUGGGGCUUCAGAAGCUCAACACCAACGUGGCUAAGAAUGUCAUCAUGUUCCUGGGAGACGGGAUGGGCGUAUCCACGGUGACAGCCGCCCGCAUCCUCAAGGGUCAGCUCCACCACAACCCUGGGGAGGAGACCACGCUGGAGAUGGACAAGUUCCCCUUUGUGGCCCUCUCUAAGACAUACAACACCAAUGCUCAGGUCCCCGACAGUGCAGGCACUGCCACCGCCUACUUGUGUGGGGUGAAGGCCAAUGAGGGCACCGUGGGGGUGAGCGCGGCGACUGAGCGCUCCCUCUGCAACACAACUCAGGGGAACGAGGUCACCUCCAUCCUGCGCUGGGCCAAGGAUGCCGGGAAAUCUGUGGGCAUUGUGACAACCACACGAGUGAACCACGCCACCCCCAGCGCCGCCUACGCCCACUCAGCUGACCGGGACUGGUACUCAGACAAUGAGAUGCCCCCUGAGGCUCUGAGCCAGGGCUGCAAGGACAUCGCCUACCAGCUCAUGCACAACAUCAGGGACAUUGAUGUGAUCAUGGGGGGCGGCAGGAAGUACAUGUACCCCAAGAAUAGAACUGACGUGGAGUAUGAGAUGGAUGAGAAGGCUAGGGGCACGAGGCUGGACGGCCUAAACCUCGUUGACAUCUGGAAGAGCUUCAAACCAAGACACAAGCAUUCCCACUUCAUCUGGAACCGCACCGAACUCCUGACCCUUGACCCCUACACUGUGGACUACCUCUUGGGUCUCUUCGAGCCGGGGGACAUGCAGUAUGAGCUGAACAGGAACAACGUGACUGACCCGUCACUCUCUGAGAUGGUGGAGGUGGCCAUCCAGAUCCUGCAGAAGAACACCAAGGGCUUCUUCUUGCUGGUGGAAGGAGGCAGGAUUGACCAUGGGCACCAUGAGGGCAAAGCCAAGCAGGCACUGCAUGAGGCGGUGGAGAUGGACCGGGCCAUUGGACAGGCGGGCACCAUGACCUCUGUGGAAGACACGCUGACCGUGGUCACUGCUGACCACUCCCACGUCUUCACCUUUGGCGGGUACACCCCUCGUGGCAACUCUAUCUUUGGUCUGGCCCCCAUGGUGAGCGACACGGACAAGAAGCCCUUCACUGCCAUCCUGUAUGGCAAUGGGCCUGGCUACAAGGUGGUGGAUGGUGAGCGAGAGAAUGUCUCCAUGGUGGACUAUGCUCACAACAACUACCAGGCCCAGUCUGCUGUGCCCCUACGCCACGAGACCCACGGUGGGGAGGACGUGGCAGUCUUCGCCAAGGGCCCCAUGGCACACCUGCUGCACGGCGUUCAUGAGCAGAACUACAUCCCCCACGUGAUGGCUUACGCGGCCUGCAUCGGCGCCAACCUCGACCACUGCGUCGCGGCCAGGUCGGCGAGCAGCCCCGCUCCGGGCCCCCUGCUGCUCCUGCUGGUCAUGCUCCCCCUGCGCAUCUUGUUCUGAGGGCCCAGGGCCCGGGCACCCACAAGCUCACAACAGAUGGCCAGCCUCCCACUCCCGGUGCUGCCCAUGCGCGGCAGCCCACACCUCAAGGGGCAGGGAGGCGGAGGCCUCCGUGGCCUCUGCAGCUGCCAGAAAGGGGACCCAGGAGAGCAAAGUCUGCUGCCCGCCUCACUCCCCUCUGGAAUCCUCCACAAGUGCCAGACUGAUUUCUGGCCUCUGGCCUUUGCUCCCUCCCUGCUGCCCUUUGGCCAACAGGGUAGGUUUCUCUCGGGCAGACAGAGAGCACAGACUGCAGAAAUUCUCAAAGCAUCUUAUUUUUCUAGCAAAUGUAUUUCUCCAGACCCAGAGGCCCUGCAGCCUCCAUGGAACAUUCCGGAUCUGACCCUCCCACUCCUCUCUCCUUCCCUCUGGAACCCACCAGGCCCUGCCAUCCUCAUGUCCCUGUCCCCAAUCCCAGCCCGCUCUGCAGGGGAGACCAGGUCUCUUUCCUUGGAUGGGGGUUUGCUCACUCACUCACUCCAAGGCCGCCCAGGACUCCCAGCAAGCCAGCUCCUGGGACCGGCCGUCCAACCCAGGGUGGCCAGGGCUGGGAAGAGCAGCCUGGCCAAGCAUACACCCCCCAGCUCCAAACACACAUGCCAGCUCCUCUCUGAAGUGACUCUCCUGUUUGGAACAGCAAAAAAAAUUUUCUCUUUUUGGUGGUGGUUAAAAGGGAACACAAAACAUUUAAAUAAAACUUUCCAAAUAUUUCCAAGGACA